ACAUUUUCUGCCCCUCACCAAAUAUAAAAUCACACACAAGCUAAUCUUAAAUCCUUCGAUCAAAGUUUUCACUUUCAUCACUGUCCAACUUUCUCUCUCUAUGACAAUUCUUUCUCGAGUGAUUGUCGUACUCUAUCUCCGGCGAUUGUAGCUGCCAUGGCGAGUCUAUGGAGAACUACACAAUUGGGGGGUUUCUGUCCCAAUCUCGCGCUCGCUGCCAGAUCCAGAGUCAAAAUGGAGUCACCUCACUCGAAUUUGCUCCCCGAGGUCGAUUCCCUACCCGAUGGAUUCGUCGACGGAGCUGCUGACCCGCCUCCGGUGGUGACCGACGAACAAAAUCGUAACGAUGAUGUCCCGAUCGAGAAAGCAGAGAAGCCCAGGACUUUCCCCGUUCCGCUCUGUGAAGAAACGGAUGGUAAUGACAACGGCGGCGGCGUUGAUGACCUAAUCAAGGUCUCCAGCAAGCUUAGCUUAGAGCAGAAAGAAUCAUCUCCUCCUCCUAUUACUACUCAAGCAUUAACAGAAGGGGCGUCUACUCAAAAUCCAAACUUGUGCAAGGACAAGGCACCGGACUCAGCUCAGAGUGUGGAUUCGGUCAAACCCAGAAAACAACAGGAGCGUAAGAAUUCAAAAAACAUGUUCAAAUCUGAAAAGGAGUUUCUUGAAUUCAUGCUCAAGUAUCAACAAGUCCUUUCUGAAAGAGAUUCUGCUAUUACUGUCCGUGACAAGCUUGAGUCACUUUGUAGAGAGUUACAACGUCAAAACAAAAUGUUGAUGGAAGAAUGCAAGCGGGUUUCGACUGAGGGACAGACUUUAAGAUCGGAUUUGUCGAACAAGUUCCAGGAAGCAAUCAAGGAUGUGAGCAUUAAGUUGGACGAGCAAAAGGAUGAAAGCCUCUCACAACUAAAAGAAAAUGAGAUGUUAAGGACGAAGUUGAAGCAUCUGGCUGAUCAAUAUAUGCUUUCAGAACAACAACAUGAGCAAAGAUUGAAGCAGAAAACACUGGAGCUACAGAUUUCUGAAUUAAAAAUCAAACAGCACGAGGAGAAACUCAUCCAUGAGCAGUCUCAGAUGAAGGUUUACGCAGAUCAAGUUUCUCAGCUUUUAGCAACGGAGAAAAACUUGCGGGUGCAACUAACAUCUGAUGGAGAGAAGUUCCAGCAGUUCCAGGAUGCGUUGGUGAAGAGCAACGAAGUGUUUGAAACAUUCAAACAAGAAAUCGAUAAGAUGUCAAAAGCAAUAAAAGAACUGAGGAAAGAAAACGCAUUCCUGAAGAGCAAAACCGAGAGAUCGGAUCUUACUCUCAUAGAACUCGUUGAAGAGCGUGAAAGAUUGAAGAAACAGUUGGAGAAGACAAAGAAUCAGAAAGAUAAGCUUGAAUCGCUUUGCAGAUCCCUUCAAGCCGAAAGAAAGCAAAAAGAAACUAAUAACACUAGUGAUUCUUCUGCUCAAAGCUUGAAGCAGUGAGAGAGAUUGAUUAUGAUUUUAAGGUUUUUGUUUCUUUGUUUUUUCUUUUUCUUGUGGUAAACUAAUUAGCAAUUCGGGGGAUCAUUCAGAAUGUUUUUUAACCGGAACCAAAACGAAUAAUCAUAUUAUUGGUUAUUGUUUUUUUCUUAUA